UUUCUCUGCUGGUUGGUUCUUCUACCUGCACAUCAUCUCCCCCUUUCCAAAUAUUUUCACCAUUUCAUCACAAUUUUACUUCAAACGAAGCUGCAAGCGCCGUGAAGUUCUACGAACGGGUGUGAAGAUCACAAACCGCCAAAAUGUCUGAAGGAAAGAAAAUGACAUCCAGCCGCAGGCAUCACCUGAAGAGUUUGAUGCUGCAGAUUGCUGCCAGCUGGAUCGAGCAAGAGAAGAAGGACAUUGUGGCGGCGAAAGAGGCCUACCUGUCCGAGAACUGCCCCACUCCCGACCUCGGCGGAGACCAGGCCGCCCUCAUGGAACUCUGCAAGAAGAUCCACGCCGCCAUCGACAAGGUUGACGAGGCGAGGUACGACGCCGAGGCCAAGGUGCAGAAGAGCGACAAAGAGAUUGAGGAUCUGAAGCUGAAGGUGGUCGAGCUGGCUGGAGUGAAGAAACCCGCUCUGAAGAAAGUGCGUAUGUCCGCUGACGCCAUGCUCCAGGCUCUGCUGGGAGGAAAACACAAGGUGACCAUGGACCUGAGAGCCAACCUGAAGCAGGUCAAGAAGGAGGUCAAAGAGGAGUCAAAUGAGGCCGGCGACUGGCGUAAAAACAUUGAGGAUAAGGCCGACAGGAAGAAGAUGUUCGAGACUUCUUAAAACCUUCCUGAACUGGCGAGGACAACAGGAGGGGGGACGUUUCCGUCCGAGUGACUGAAUGUGUCUCUGUGAUCCAGCAGGACACACAGGGACGAGAGUUUAGACACUUUAUUGUUGUUUUUUUUGGUUGUUUUUAUGA